CUGGCGUCCUGGGACGCGGGGCCACAGCGCUGAGCGCUGAACGCCAUGGCUGGAGCGUAUGGGGCUGACCGAAAGCUGCGGCGGGCAGCGCGGCUGCUGGCGCACGUGUGCGGACUGGCCCUGGCCAUGAAAAGGUACAUUGGAAAGAGUCGAGCAGAAGAGUGGGCACAAUUUUUCUUGAGUGUGAAGACUUGUUCAAUGAGUGAACUAUUAUGUAGCAGGAGCAAUUUUUCCAAAUAUAACUUGAUUCAACUAUGUCUGGAGAAGAACAGGUCAUUUCGCAGUUUGCCAAAUGAAAUUCAGCUCCAGCUCUGCCAGACUGCAAUCUAUCAAGAAUAUGAAGCGCAAAGUGUGGUUCUAAGACAAGGACACGUACCCCUUGAGUGCUGCUUGAUUCUUGCUGGACGUUUAAAGGUCCUGUGGAGUAACACAAACAUGAACAAAAAUUCCAACCCUGAAAUUUUAAGUGAGUUUGAAGAGGGUGACUUCAUAGGGGAAAUCUGCCUUUUAACUAAUGCCAAUCGGCCAACUUCAGUCUUAUGUAAAACAGAUGUCAAACUUCUGGUAAUAAAUAAAGAGGAUUUUUGCUGUAUUCUUGCACAGAGAAUCCAAGACCAAUAUCAAGAAACUUGCAGCUUUCUCAGGAAUCUCCCAUUAUUCUCUUCAUGGCCAAAAGACAAGACGGAUUUUCUGGCUCAUUGCUCCUUACGCCGAUACUACAGGGCUAACACAAUCAUUAUUCCUGAUAAUUUAAAUUCUCAUUUCCUGGUCUUCAUCAUUUCUGCCUUGCCUCUGGCUGACCUGCAGCUGAUCAAGGAGGGUGCCCAGGGUGUGGAUGCCUACACUCUGGCCAAGACCUGCUUUAGUGUUAAAGAGUAUGAUCAGGAAGCACAUUUCCUGCGUGAUUGCAAUAGCAAGAAAGCCAACUUCCUGUACAUGUAUUCCAGAUACCUGUCUGGAGAAAAAAGGAUGAUGAGCCUAGGCCCCUUGGAGAAAAGACAAGUGAAAAAUGAGGCCCUUAGAGAACUGAGAGUGGAGCUUAGCGAAAAAAUACCAAGCUUGAGAAUUUGGUGGAUUUGGCCUUUAUCUGUAUGGUGUGGACUUGAUGAAAGAGGCCAUUGA